CUCCCUGCAAGCAGAAUAGAACUUGGUAUCAUUUAAAACGUGUAGUAUAUGUUAUAUAUGUGCGUGUGAAAAUCAUGCCAUGCCACUCAUCUUUUGCCCCCUCUUCCCCGUCCAUAUAAAACCCCGACAACAUUAAUUUUUAAUUUUCUUCUUUUUCUUCGAUCUCUUCUCUAAACCAAAUUAUAUCGAAACAAUCUGCUUUUAGACAAUUCAUCAGAAAACUUUAAUUAAGCUUCUUUCAUUUCAAUGGCUACUGCUACGACUACUCUUUCACUUUACCCUUCUUCUUCUUCCUCUUUCAACUUCUCCCAUUCUAACCAUUCGGUUCCUUCUUCCUCUUCUUCGUGUUUCUUCAAUGCUGGGACCCACCUUUGGGCCCACAAGAACUUUGCAACUAUUGCUUUAAGUUCUUCUUCUUCUUCUUCGUUUCAAUUUGGUGGUUCGAAGUUCAAUAAUGCAAGGUGCUCCGUGCCCCGUUUUGGCCAAUUUGUGGUGGCUGCUUCUGGUGAUUACUAUACCACUCUUGGGAUUCCGAAGUCUGCCGGUAGCAAAGAAAUUAAAGCGGCUUAUCGGAAACUAGCUCGUCAGUACCACCCUGAUGUCAACAAGAAGCCAGGAGCUACAGAGAAAUUUAAAGAAAUUAGUGCUGCCUAUGAGGUGCUAUCAGAUGAUAAAAAGAGGACUAUGUACGAUCAAUAUGGUGAAGCUGGAGUAAAAAGUACAGUAGGUGGAGCAUCAAGUGCUUAUAGGAGUAAACCUUUAGAUCUUUUUGAGGCAUUCUUUGGGCCAAGUAUGGGUGGUUUUCCUGGGAUGUACCAAACUGGAUUCAGAACACGCCGACGUAGUACUGUUACCAAGGGUGAAGAUAUAAGAUAUGACAUUACACUGGAAUUCUCUGAGUCUAUAUUUGGAUCUGAAAAAGAAUUUGAGCUUUCUCACUUGGAAACAUGUGAAGUUUGUACUGGUACUGGUGCCAAGAAUGGUUCCAAGAUGAGGAUCUGUGCAACUUGUGGUGGCAGGGGUCAAGUUAUGAGAACUGAGCAGACACUGUUUGGCUUAUUUUCUCAGGUUUCCGUGUGUUCAAAUUGUGCUGGGGAUGGUGAAGUAAUUUCAGAAUACUGUCAGAAGUGUUCCGGUGAAGGAUGUAUACGUAUAAAGAAGAAUAUUAAAGUCAAAGUCCCUCCUGGAGUUAGCACAGGUAGCAUCCUCAGGGUUGCUGGGGAGGGCGAUGCCGGACCAAGGGGGGGCCCUCCAGGAGAUCUUUAUGUAUAUGUUGAUGUUGAAGAGAUUCUGGGUAUCCAAAGAGAUGGUAUAGAUCUUUGCUCAACAAUAUCUGUCAGUUAUAUUGAUGCCAUACUGGGAACUGUUCUUAAGGUGAAGACAGUUGAAGGGAUUACAGAUCUACAGAUUCCACCUGGCACUCAACCUGGAGAUCUGCUAGUCCUGGCAAAGAAAGGUGCACCUAAGCUGAACAAACCUUCUAUCCGUGGUGACCACUUAUUUACAAUUAAAGUUACUAUACCAGAUCGUAUAAGUGCCAAAGAGCAUGAGUUGCUUGAAGAACUUUCUGAUCUAAGUAAAACAAUGGGCUACCGGUCACCAACUGAGCCAGCCCCCACCAAAAGUUCAGAAGAAAGUCAGUCAAGUACUGUUGCAGAGAAAAAUGAAGAAUCAGAAGAGCAGAAUGACCCAUGGAAGAGUUUAAAAGAUUUGGCAGGAUGAAAAUUUUUUACAUUCAUAUUUUUAUGAGGGAAACAUGCAGAAAACUUAGGCCACAGGAUUGGAGUAUGUAUUGCUUACGCUUUGUAGGUUGGGCACAAAUCAAAUGGCUAUGUUUCUGUAAUCUUUUAAUUACAUCUUUCAAAAAUGUUCACUAUUAAGCUGGAUACCACAGUCUGUGGUCUGUAUUUUGAUUUACUCAAGCUCUUCCAUGAGAUAUCUUAGUGGCAAUAUUUUUAAUCAGGUCUUGUUUUUCUCUCGACUACUUAUUAUGUGGUUCUUAUGUUUGAUUAUUCAGAUUGCUUCCUUUUGUCUUAGCUUUUGAUCAUUGGACUCAUUAAAUCUUAAAAUAUAUAGAUUUGCUCUCUUUUUGUGUACAAUUAUUUACUCUAUUCAGCUAGUUUUUUAAAUUGUGCAGUGAGAUAUCAGCUAUUGGCAAGAAUAAAUUCUUUGAUUGUCAAUUUUUGUAGAUGUUAAUAUCUUCUGACCUAUCUGAAAGGCUCUUAAACUCCAUCGUGAGACAGUGAGAGUACCAUUGUGUGGCUUCUUGAACUCUGACUUGAAAUUACCUUAUGCAAACAACAGUACACAAGAAACUGAACCUUAUUCUGAUGAUUCACUGAUGCUUUGAAACAUUUAAUGAAAUUAUCAACUAUAUUUGCAAAACCUUGCUAUUUGAUUUAGAAUGUAAUUUUUUCUAUCAUAAAAAUGCAACCUCUGUAUAAUGUUUCCCUUGUCUUAUUUUCAAUCUAGUUGCUGGUCUAUUGAUAAAUCAGUGUAUUGUAUAUCAAUUACCUUCAAUUUCUUUCUAUUCUCAAAUUGCCUUUGACCAAAGCAGAAAAAAAAUGUGGAU